UGUGUGCUGGCCCAGAUGAGGAGUGAUUACCUGGGCUCGGACCCGGACAUGGUGGAAGCGGUGAAGCAGCACAUCCUCGACAUGCUCCAUCUCAGCGCGAGGCCCAACGUCACCCACCCGGUGCCGCGCGCCGCCCUGCUCAACGCCAUCAAGAAACUACACGUGGGCCGCGUGGGCAAGGACGGCAUCGUGGAGAUCCAGGAGGAGGGGACGGGGGGCGGCGUGGGGGCGGCGCCGCCACCCGAGCCGCCCUCUGAGAUCAUCACCUUUGCCGAGCCAGGCGACGCUACAUCCGCUGUGACCUUUGACAUUUCCAAGGAGGGCAGUGAGCUCUCAGUGGUGGAGCAGGCCAAUGUGUGGCUCUUCCUCAAGCUGGCCAAGGGGCGAGGCAAGGGCAAGGUGAACAUACAGCUUCUGCAGCGCCGCCGACAGAAGACCAAAGCUCCAGGCUUUGCCUUCAACGAGACCCAGGGCGAGGAAGAGGAGUUGGUGUCUGAGAAGAUGGUGGACACGAGGCGCAGCGGCUGGCACAUGCUCCCCGUGUCGCACAGCAUCCAGUCCCUCCUGGACACCGGUGGCAGCGUCAUCGAUCUGCGAGUCUCCUGCCCGCAGUGCACCGAGGCUGGCGCCACACCCAUCUUGGUCCACACCGAGGGCGAGCAACCGGGACGGGAGAGGGACCAAUCCCACCGGCCUUUCCUCAUGGUCGUAUUGCGGCCCGGCAUGGAGGAACACGCUCGCCGACGCGCCAAACGCGGCCUGGAGUGCGAUGGAAAGAUGCACAUCUGUUGCAAGCGGCAGUUCUAUGUCAACUUCAAGGACAUCGGCUGGAACGACUGGAUCAUCGCACCGCCGGGCUACCACGCCAACUACUGCGAGGGCGACUGCCACGUGGCCAGCAUCACGGGCUCCUCGCUGUCCUUCCACUCCACUGUCAUCAACCACUACCGAAUGCGGGGCUACGCGCCCUUCCAGAACACCCAGUCGUGCUGCGUGCCCACGCGACUACGCGCCAUGUCUAUGCUCUACUACAACGAGGAGCAGAAGAUCAUCAAGAAGGACAUCCAGAACAUGAUUGUGGACGGGUGUGGAUGCUCAUAA